AGAAAAUUCGCUGGAACAACGCGAGUAUUCGCAUUCGUAACUUCUCGUGUCGUGGCCUCUCCUAAUUCGUCCGAAAAUAAAAGUUGACGUAGGCGGCCGUUCUCACUUUCCGUUUGUUUUGUGGAAGGCGUUUUGAUUUUCCGUUCAUUGUCAAGUUGAAGACCCGAAAAUCAUGAACAAAUUCGUCGUUGCCCUGGCAUUUUUGGCCUUGGUCGCUUUCGUCGAUUGUGACGACAAGAAAGGCCCCAAAGUAACCGAUAAGGUCUUUUUCGACAUUCAAAUUGGAGGAAAACCAGCGGGUCGCGUGGUGAUUGGUUUGUUUGGCAAAACCGUACCAAAAACCGCUGAAAACUUCAAACAAUUGGCUCUGAAACCCGCUGGAGAAGGUUACAAAGGCAGCAAAUUCCACAGGGUGAUCAAAGACUUCAUGAUCCAAGGUGGUGACUUCACCAAAGGAGAUGGAACCGGAGGCCGCAGCAUCUACGGAGAACGCUUCGCGGACGAGAACUUCAAGCUGAAGCACUACGGCGCCGGUUGGUUGUCCAUGGCCAACGCCGGCAAGGACACCAACGGCUCGCAGUUCUUCAUCACCACCAAGACCACCUCGUGGCUGGACGGCAGGCACGUCGUGUUCGGCAAGGUGCUGAGCGGCAUGGACGUGAUCCGCAAGAUCGAGGCGGGAAAAACCGACGGCCGCGACAGGCCGGCCGAAGACGUUCUGAUCGCCGACUGCGGGGUCGAGGAGGUCGCCGAACCCUUCUCCGUCGCCAAAGCCGACGCCACCGAUUAAAUGUGAUUCGAGUUUGUGUGAUUAAAAUUAAGUUUUUUACAGUGCUGUCGUAAUAAAAUCAUUUUUUUAAUAA